UCGGAUGAAAUGAAGUUUGUUUUCGUUUUGAUUUAAUUAUUUUCCCAAGUUUUCAAUAACUUUACUUUCAUUAGGAUAGGCUAUCUGUUAAUUAUUACUAAGUAAAUAUAAUAAUAAAACAGUGAAGUGUCCUAAUAUGCAUGUGUUUUCAAAAAAAUUACAAAAAUGAGAAAAUCUAGACUUCCGUCACCUUCUCGAUCACAAGGAGUACUCACUCCGCGUCGUUACAAGUCUCGUGGAACCCGUAGCGAAGGUUCUCCUGCGCGAUCCAACACCUCUGAUAGAUUGACAUCAUUAAUACAAUUCGGAGACAAUAACGCAAACUCCUUUGUGCUGUCUCCAAUAAAUAAUAGACGGUCUUUGUUGACCGAUAAUACAGAUAUUGAGGAGCCAAAACGCCGGAGCUGGUGGAAGAAACUCAAUGAAAAUACUACUGAUAUUAUGGAAGUAAUGAACACUAAAACAGAAGAAUUGAAUAAUGUUGUUGAAGAAUAUAUUGAUGUAGAAGUACUAAGCCAAGAAAAAAAGAACUAUACUUUAGACUUGCCUGAGAGCAGUGAUGGCGAAUCUAUUAGCAGUAUAGUAAUUCCACAACGUAAACUGUUUACUCAGAAAGAAAAUCACCCACAUAAUAAGUUUGGACAACUUAUAGAAAGUAGGGAAUCAUUGGCCAAACUUCAUAAAACAAAUACAAACCUCGAAAAAUCCAUAAAUGUUGCGCCAAAAAAUCUUUUUGGACAAAGUUCUAAGCAGAGGAAUAAAAUUGCAUUUCCUGCUGCUCUACUUAAUAUUUCUCCAAAUAAAACAGUUAAUAAAACAAAAGCGAUAGCACCAGCUGAAGAAAAGGGGCAAGUUAGGAAUCUUUUUGGUAAUAAAGCAGGUACUAAACGAAAAAAUAUAUUUGCUGAUUUUAUUAUGUCUGAUAGUGAAGAGGAAAUACCUGAAAUACAGCCUAAAGUAUUUGGUUUUCAAAGGAAAUGUGAUCAAAUGCCACAUCGCCGACGCAGUUCCGCUUCUAAUGGUAUUAGAGAACAUUCGCCAACCUCCAGUAUUACUACUGAUAUUGAAAUGGAUGAUUGGAAACUAUUACCAUCUUCUACCAUGGUUGAAAAUCAAUUAGAAGAUAUGAUGGCUAGUGGUAAAACCCCUGUAAAAAGAGCCAAGUUAAGCAAACUUUCAGAAGUGAAAGAAUCUGAAAUUAGAAGUAACAUCAGUAUUGCUACUUGCAACACUGAUGAUAAAACAAGCCAAUCCAAUAAAUCAAAUAAAUCCAAACAACAAAAUAUAACAGAAAAGCAAAUGAAUAUGUCUUCCAAAUCAAAUAAGUCCAAGAGUACAAUAUCUUCUAAUGCUGUUGUGGAAGAACCACAAAAUGAAUCUCGAUUAAAUAAAACUAUGGAUAUCCAAUUAAAUCAUUCUGUUACAUUGAGAUCAAAAUCUAUAAGUGGGGAUAUUGUUGACCAGUCCAUAAAUAAAAGCAAAAAUAUGUCUAAUAGUAUACAUAAAGGUGGCCGAAAAGAACUAUCAAAUAGCAAAAAUGUAGGUAAUGAUGAUAAAGAAAAAGCUGUUAAUAUUAAUAUUAACGAACAAUCAAACAAAUCUCACCAAUAUGAAGCAAUUCCUGUCAAGGUUGUUUUACAAGAUGAUGAAAACAUGGAAACAUCUACAUGCAGCAGACCCAAUAUGACUAUUUUAGAAAAAAGUAAUUUAAAUAUUUGUAUUAACAACAAAACGAACACUAUUAUUAAUGAUUCACAAAAACAUACAUCUCAUAAUGAAAAUGUUAUGUUAUCAAAAUCGCGACGAGUAAAUAGAGUUAUAAAUGAAACAGAGACAGAUUUAUCUAAACCAAGUGAUUUAUCAGAACAUUCAAACCAGAAUGAAAACCGAAAUGUUAAUAAGGAAUCAUCUCAUAUUCGUAUUAGUACUGCUGAACCACUUCUGGGAUCUCACGACGAAGUAAUAAAUGAUGAAUUAGAAAACCUUGGUAACAAAAGUCGUAAUAAGGUUAAUGAAGUUCUGGUUACUAGCACUAACGACGCCUCAAAUAACAACGAAAAUGGAACCAAAAGUUGUGAAACCAUGGAAGUUAACACUGCAAAUAAUCAAGAAAUUGAAUGUAAUGAUCAAAGUGAUAAAGGUCAUAGUGAAAAUAAUAGUCAACUAGAAAAUGUGGAAGACAAUAAAAAUGUUAGUAAUAAUACUGAUGCUGAAGAAUUUGAAGAUGAAAUUGAAAUUCAAGACAGAAAUGAAAGUUUAGAGAGCCUAGAUCAGAAUCAGAAAGAUGGGGAAAAUGAAUCUAUUCUACAGAAAAGCCUUAACAUAAUUGACAAUAAUGAAGAAGUAGACGAUGAAGACGAAUUGGAGAAUAAUAGUGAUGAGAAUCAAGAGGAAGAACAAGAUAGUGAAGAGACAGAUAAUGAAAGCGAUAUCAAUAAUAGAAGCAAUUCUACUCGAGAAGAAAGUAGAAAAGAAACGGAAAAUGAAAGUGAAGCAGAGGACAAUACUAAUGAGAUUCAAAAUGAAAACCAAAGCAACAAAGAAAUGGAUAAUGAAAGUGAAGCAGAGAAUGAACAAGAUAUUGAUAAUGACGACAAUAGUGAGAGUUCGGAAAAUAACCAACAUGAAGAAUUGGAAAUGGAUAACGAAAACGAAGUUGAGGAUGAGAUUGAGGAAAUUCAAGAAGAGAAUGAAGAUGAUAGUGAUCAAAAAUUGCAAUAUGAAAGUGACGAAGAUCAGAAUGAUACUCAUGAUGAAGUCAUGCAUUCUGAAGAAGAGGAAGAAUUAAAUAAUGAACUGGUACUAGCAAAGGAUACGGAACAUGAAACACCUGAAGGUCAUGAUAGAACCGAGAUUAACCAAACAAGACUUGAAAGAAAACAAAACUCGCCUGAAGCUAUCCUUUCGAAUAAAACAAAUCAAAUUGACUCCUUUACUGUACAGGGUCGAAACACCAGUGUUAGAAUGACUAAAAGUAUGAUCAGACCACUCAAUAUAAAACCAAGUCUGGCCCCCGUUAGGGAAAGUACAGGCAUAUCUGAUGGUACUAGAAAUUCAAGUGCAGAAGGAUCUGGUUGGGACUCGCAUAGAACUACAAGGAAGACAUUACGCCAAACAUUCGGACGAGACUUUACUCCUCGCAAAUCUCUUAGAGCAUUAGUUAUGGAAAAGUCUGCAAAACGUCAUACAGUUCUCAAUGAUGAAAAUGUGGAUACUAAUGUACCAAUAGGAGAUACUGAGUUAACUGAAUUGUCGAACCAUGAAUGCAACGAUAAUGAAGCAGAGUAUGAAUCAACACACGAAAUUUCAAAGCGUACAAGACAGACAACACUGGAAAUGUAUUUACAAAAGAUAAAGAAACAAAAUAUGGAAAAGAAAAAGAAAAUGGAGGAAGCAGUCAAGAAUUCAUUAAAAGCUCCUACAAAAGAAAUAAACCUGUUCAAAGUGCCUGCCCGACCCAAUUUUAUGUCACGACGAGCUGCAAUAAAAACAGUUCAGAAUAAAAAUAAACCAAAGAAUAAGCUGUUUAAAGCAACUAUGAUACCUUUAGAUGAUCUGCCAUCAGAACUAUUGGAAGACAUGAAAUACAAACCACCACCGAGAUUCCAACCUAGAAAUGCGUCUUGGAUUACAAAGCGCCUUUACAAAUUCUUAGAAACCAAAUUAGAGCCCAAGUAUGAUUACAAGACACGUUUACGUUCUGAGAAGUUGGUAGAAACAUUAUACAACUUUACAAAAGAUGUACGGCGACACCCAGUCGCUCCUAACGAUGCUGUCGAACUUCUGAAGCAUGAGAUGGCCAGAUUGGAUGUGGUUAAGACCCACUUUGAGUUUUACCAGUUCUUCCACGACUAUAUGCCUAGAGAGAUAAGAGUAAAGGUUAACCCCGAUGUAGUGAAUGGAAUACCUUUACCAAGACACGGUGUAUUUGCUAAUAUAUUGUGAAAACACUAUCAUAGAUUGAUAGCAUGCGAAGAUCAUGUCAUCGAGGAGCAUGUUACGUUGAAUGGAGAUAUACUAUUGUUCUUACACCUCCCGCAAAUUCACGCCGAUGACGUCUCAUGUGUUAAUUUUUUAAAUGGAAAAGAAUAACUGUUA